CCAAAGAAAUGGCUGUAGAAAAGCUGCUGGGAAACUGGAAUAGGUGUGUCUUUCUGACCUUCCGGUUCUUUUUAUAGGCGCUGCAGGAACCUGAGUGUGGGCCUCCAUCCUUCCGCCCAUUUGGGGAGAGAUUAAAGACGCUGAGGUUGUCUCCUUCUUACUCAUUGGCAGUUACCACCUCGAAGCAACUACAGCCUUGGCUUCCAGCGUGUGGACACAGAGGAGGGGAAACACAAGACCAUUCUCAGGAGGCCCACUUACACGUCACCAUGUACGAGGACUGCGUGAAGUCCACUGGGGACUAUUACCUCUUCUGUGACACUGAGGGACCAUGGGGCAUUGUUCUGGAGUCCCUGGCAGCUAUCGGCAUAGUGGUUACAGUGAUGCUGCUCUUGGCAUUUCUCUUCCUCAUGCGAAGGGUCCGGGACUGCAGCCAGUGGAACGUUCUCCCCACCCAGUUCCUCUUCCUCUUGGGUGUGCUGGGGCUCUUUGGCCUGGCUUUUGCCUUCAUCAUCCAGCUCAAUGAGCAAACAGCCCCUGUCCGCUACUUUCUCUUUGGGGUCCUCUUUGCUCUCUGCUUCUCGUGCCUCUUGGCUCACGCCUCCAACCUGGUGAAGCUGGUCCGGGGCAGAGUCUCCUUCUCUUGGACCACAAUUCUGUGCAUUGCUAUCGGCGUCAGCCUCUUGCAGACAAUCAUUGCCAUUGAGUACGUGACUCUCAUAAUGACCAGAGGUAUGAGGUUUGUGCACAUGACACCCUAUCAGCUCCACGUGGACUUUGUGGUCCUGCUGGUGUACGUCCUCUUCCUGAUGGCCCUCACGUUCUUCGUCGCCAAAGCCACCUUCUGUGGCCCGUGUGAGAACUGGAAACAGCACGGACGGCUCAUCUUCGUCACAGUGCUCAUUUCCAUCAUUAUCUGGGUGGUGUGGAUCUCCCUGCUGAUGAGAGGCAACCCGCAGCCCCAGUGGGACGACCCCAUCAUCUGCAUCGCCCUGGUGACCAACGCAUGGGUUUUCCUGCUGCUGUACGUCAUCCCGGAGCUGUGCAUUCUCUACAGGUCCAGUAGGCAGGAUCGCCCUCUGCAAGCUGGUGCCUGCCCGGUCCCCGCUUACCAACGCAGCUUCAGAGCAGAGAACCAGGAGCUGUCAAGAGCCCGAGACAGUGAAGGCGCUGAGGAGGAUGUAGCAUUAACCUCAUAUGGUUCCCCCACUCAGCCGCAGACUGUUGACCCCACACAGGAGUGUUUCAUCCCACGGGCUAAACUGAGCCCCGAGCAAGAUGCAGUAUUAUAAAGUCCACAGGAAACACGAGGAGUGAAAACUCAAAAGACCAUCUUCACGUCGCCGUGAUGGGCCACUGGAGAGCCCAUCUGCCAACAGAGCAUCGGCUCCUCCUUCCCUCCCUGCCUCCUCGUCCUCUCCAUUCAUCUGGACACUGCCCUUGUGAGCAUAAUUACAGUCUUGCUGGCCACCCUA